UAUUGUGUUGCCAUUGAAGGAAAAAGUUUGGUCUCGCUUGUUUUAGAGCGUAAAUGAUGAGCGCACGCUCGCGCGCGCGCUUGCAGGCGCGCAAGCACGCACCGCGUUGAGUCACGAAUGUGUGCGCACUGAGUCCAGCAGCUCGAUUGAACGUCACUCCCUGUCGGCGACUGGCUGGAGUAGCACAACAAGCGGCCAUGCGCGAGGCAACAGGGCCAGCACUUCAUCUCUGCUCUCUCCUACGCUGACGGAACAGCGCCUUUCCUUUUCUGUACUUCAGGUCCAAUACCUUGCAGCCCAGGACUUGUAAGGACACAAGAUGAUCUUUACCAGCAUGACUUCCCUCAGCAGGACAUCACUGGCCAUUGACACAUGCAGAUGUGUGCAGUGAAGAUCGAGGUAAUACCAGGUGGAUUUGAAGCUGCGGAGGGCUGAAAAUCAUGGGUAAAUCCAACAGCAAACUCAAGCCAGAGGUGGUGGAGGAGUUGACGAGGAAAACGUACUUUACAGAGAAAGAAGUGCAACAAUGGUACAAAGGCUUCAUUAAAGACUGCCCCAGUGGACAGCUUGAUUCUGUGGGCUUUCAGAAGAUAUAUAAGCAGUUCUUUCCUUUUGGAGAUCCCACAAAGUUUGCCUCGUUUGUUUUCAACGUGUUUGACGAAAAUAAGGAUGGACGCAUUGAGUUCUCAGAGUUCAUCCAGGCGUUGUCUGUCACUUCUCGCGGGACUCUGGAUGAGAAACUUAGAUGGGCUUUCAAGCUAUAUGACUUGGACAAUGAUGGCUACAUCACUCGUGAUGAGAUGCUAAACAUAGUCGAUGCCAUUUAUCAGAUGGUGGGAAACACCGUAGAGCUGCCAGAAGAAGAAAACACACCAGAAAAACGAGUUGACCGUAUUUUUGCAAUGAUGGACAAGAAUGCAGACGGGAAACUGACUCUGCAGGAGUUUCAGGAGGGCUCCAAGGCCGACCCCUCUAUUGUGCAAGCACUCUCUCUCUAUGAUGGUCUAGUCUAAGAAUGUAAGGUGAGUGAAGUAUUCAUGUGCAAGCCACAUGCACACUUAGCCAAGGGGAAGCUCGGACCAUCCAAUAUUAUGCCAUCCUUAUGUCAUCUGAGCCAAUAAAAGAAAAGAAACAAAAAUCAGCGACUGGCCUGAAUCCAAGGCAAAGCAGCUGCUUUCUGUUCUCAGUUUGUUCUUAUGAAUUAUUCAGGCGACCCACUUGUUUGCUGGCAAUCAAAUGGUCUUUCAGUGCCGAGCGAAGAGCCUCUUUCUCCGCCGCAUGUAAUCCACCAGCCUCUGCCAAUUGUUGCUGACAUCGUGCUCAGCGUUUUGUCAGCUGUGAAGUGAUCUUGUGAAUGCAUAUUUUGAACGCACCAUUGAAGUCAUUAUCCUGCAUGGUCUGAGCAAAGACAUAUUUAUUUCAAAUGGCCAUCUCUCGCCUCGCCUCACCUCGCUCGACGGAUUCAAUUUAGCAUUGGGAUCACACGCAUCCAGCACCAUCAAACGAGUGCAUCGCGGCCUCCUAGCGAUCCGUCCAGGAUGAGGAUUUGACAAUCUGACAAUUGUAUAGGUUCCCAUCAGGGAUUGUGGGCACAUUUUGCGAUGCCAUUCAAACCUGGCAGCAAAACCCACCGUUAUUUCAACAUUUGUUCUGCUGCUACUGUGUGCAUCUGUGCAAACGUCGCAGCCGUCUUCUUUCCCUGCCAAAGUCCCAGGAGCUGAAUUCCUUUGGAGGUUUUUGCCAGACUUUUCACAAGUGGACGCUGUGCUGUCAUCCUGGAGUCUUGAGUUUAACAUGGAAAAGUGUCUUGCAUGGUGAUAGAGUGAGCACUAAUUUACUUGGUAAGUUACAAAGCAGUGUAUUGUAAUAUGUAAAUAUAGUAUUAUGGCAAUUUAGUUCCUGCUUUGCUGUAUUCAGGAGUUUUCACCUUUUAAAACUGGAAUGAAGUUUUAUUUUUAUCAUAUCUGUUGAAAUGUUUUGCACUGCGUUUUUCACUACAAUUGUGGGAUUUUUUUUUGUUCUCGCGCUGAGUUUUCUUUCCCGAGAGAACUGAUUUUUUAUUUGUGGAACAGUGUUGAAGGAGAGGCAAGUUUCUAUGGAUUGUUUUACUAUAUUUGCAGCCUGUGAAUCAAUUUAAAUUGAGCGUAUCACCUUCAUUCACAUUCAGCAGACAGCGACAGACACAAACACCAGUUCUGAUUGUAAAGCUUUUGCGAGCUCUGCGGCUACUAUUGUCCACUUAAUAGUUGUCCUGAUGUGUGAAACCAGAGCAUGCAAUCAUGCCUUCUACCAAUUUUUUUUGUUUUGUUGUAGGAGCGGUCACAUUUAAGCUCUGUCACUGAUGUUAUGCCUUAUGCAAAUAAUAAUUUACUGAAUGACAAAUGCCAUUUACCUGUCAUUGAUCAGUAAGAGAGCACAUAAUAAAAUGCAUUUCAAUG